AUGUGUGGACAUCGAGGACGGUUGGACUCCACCAAGGACCAGGAAGACGAGGACAACAAUUACGAACAGCCACGAAAAUGCACCCGGGACAACGCACGCGAGAAAGAGAUUACCGGCAUAUCAGGACCAGCUAAAAACUCUUCCUAUAAAAAGAUUCAAGCCGUUAUAACCACUAUCACUGCCCAACCAGGCAUAACCAAUGUUAGAGGCAUCAAUAGCCUUUGCUCGGGAGACUGGUCCCCGAGUCGGACGUACGUUGAAAGGGUGCUUCAGGCUGUCUCACUGGUGGAAUGUGAUUCUGCAAGAGCAUUUCUCUUCGCUGUCACGAUGGAGGCAGUCAUCUGUUUCGUUGCUGUGAUGAUGGCGCUCGCGGAGGGUCAGGUAGACCUACUUCCGGCCAACUACCUGAAGCACGUGCGCCCCAAGACGCCAGAUGGCUCGCCCGUACAGGUGGGUGUCAGCUGGCAUCUAAGCCGUAUCCACCAGGUCGACAUCAACGCUAUGACGAUGCAGCUCUCCGUGCAGCCGAGCGUGACGUGGGCGGACCCGCGGCUCAACUACUCGGGAGAGGACCACCGAGACGACCACGCCCACCUCCUGCCGCUUAACCUGGAGUUCCUGCAACACGCGUGGAAGCCCGACCUGUUCUUCCUUGACAUGAGGGACGUCAAGAAGUUCGACGUGAUCGACGAGGUGGCCGGACUCUGGCUCAUGAGGAACCGCACGCUCUACCUCUCCUUCCUGGUGAUGGUGACGGUAGACUGCCCGAUGCGGUUCCAGGCGUACCCUUUCGACGUUCAGAACUGCUCCCUGGCCAUGACUUCGUACGAAUACAACCACGAGGAGCUGUCUCUGUUCUGGCUGGCCGAAGGCAUCAGCUACUCCCACCAGCUGACGGACCAGCUGCCCGGUUACGACCUGCUGGUGCUGCCCGAGGUCGUCACCACCCACCACUGGUGCCACGACUGCAUCCUGGAGCCAGCCUCGGCCCUGCAGAGUGGCAUCCUCCUGUCGCGCAGGUAUAGCGCCCACCUGCUCAACGUGUACGUUCCCUCGGCGCUGUUCGUGGUCGUGGCCUGGGCAUCGUUCUUCUGGCCGCCUGAGGUCGUUCCGGGGCGCACGGUCUUGGUCAUCACGUCGCUGCUCACCGUCGUGUCCAUGUACGCCGCCGUCAGGUCCUCCAGCCCCCACACGGACUACGUGAAGGCGAUCGACAUCUGGUUCUUCGUGUGCAUCCUUUUCAAUGUGCUCGUCAUGCUUCAGUUUGCAACAGUGAUCACCAUCAGGCGAUGCCAGGAGACGGCAAAGAGUGCCGCAGUCGCACCUGCUCCCAAGGUGACGGUAUUGCUGUCUGGCACCGAUCCGGGCGGCGUCCCUCGCCUCCCAAGCCCCGACCUGGAGCGCCUGAAGAAGCUGCAGCGCUGGGAGUACCACUUCGAGCUCGCCUCCAAGGUCUUCUUCCCCGUCGCCUUCGCCAUGUUCAACCUGGUGUAUUGGACACGCUUUCUCUCAUAAACGCAGCGGUACCGAGGCCCUUGUCGUCACUGGCACGCAGGUGCACGCGCACGCAACUGGCCUCGGUCGGGUGGCGCUCAAACGUUCUGCUCAAGUAUCUGCUCUUUUUGAAAUCAUUUACACUUUUCUUGCUUCGUGGACACACACACACACACACACACACACACACACACACACACACACACACACACACACACACACACAUAUAUAUGUAACUUUAAAAAUAUAAAUACAGAACACCCUUAGGGCUGAAUUUAGCCUUGGUGAAGCUUGAAA